AUGCCAGUUGCAAUUAUCACAGGCGCUGCCUCGGGUAUAGGCCUAGCCCUAUCUCGUCAAUUCAAGGAGCAAGGCUGGAAUGUGAAGCUUGCCGAUGUCGAUGUUGCGGGUGGCCAACGGGCAGCCGAGGAGUUGGGUGAUGAAGCCUUCUUCCACACAACUGAUGUGUCGAAUUGGGAUGAUGUGGCGUCGCUGUAUAAGAAGACAAUUGAAAAGUUUGGCCGGAUCGACUAUGUUGCCGCCAAUGCUGGCGUAGCAGACUUUCAAAGUCUAUACGAGAAGAAUGAUGGGGAGCCUCAGAAGCCUGACUUGAGGACAAUUGAUAUAGAUUUGAAUGGACAAAUAUAUUGUCUGUAUCUUGCCGCCCAUUAUUUUCGGCAAAACGGAGGGAACAGUGGGACGAUCGUGUUCACAAGUUCCAACGCUGGGCUGUACAAGCUUCCGACGAAUCCCCAAUACGCUGCAGCCAAAUAUGGGGUUCAUCAUUAG